AUGAACCAAAAGAAAAAAAAAACGAAACCCCCCAUAAACCUAGCCACGCUGGAAGACAAAAUAAACAUCCUCAAUUUUAUGAAGGAUGACUUUGAAAAAAUUCUCGACAAAGAAAAUGAAAUUCAUGGCAUAUUAAAUAAGUAUAUAAAAACUGCCAACGAAAUAAUCAGCCAAAAUAAUGACAUAAUUAAGAAGGAAAAGGAAGAAAUUGAAGAUUUAAUUUUGGGAAAAAAUCAAGAAAUAAAUUCUAUGCAACAAAAAAUUGACUUGGCAAAACGCUUCUACAACGAUGUAAAUAACGCACUGGUGCAACUUUUUAACAACUUGGAUUUAUUUUUAAAAAAUAAAAUAAACGUGGAAUUAAAUAUCGAUCAUCUGGAAAAAAUCUCAAAGACGGAAGCAAAAGUAAAUGAAUUAUAUCACCUCUCAAAAAUGUCAUUAAUUGAAAAGGGAAGCGAUGCUAAACUACCUGCACAACUUCCGCACAUCCCUCAAAUUGAAGAGAAAAAUCUGAACGGGGAAGGUCACAGUGACACAGGAGAUCCACACUCCAGGAAGGACAAACAGGUGAGGUACGAAGAUAUAUGCAUGAGUAAAACGGGACAGAGUGGAAUGGCAGACGAUGCGAGUGGCGAGGUUGUCAGCGGUGAAGGGGAGAUGGACGAGGAAGAAAGCGAAGAUGUAGAGGAUGUGGAGGAGGAUGAAUAUUUGGACGAUGAUGAGGAUGGAGAAGAGAGCUUAGAUGAUGAAACAGAUGCGGAGGAGGAAAGUGAAGAGGAGGAAGAAGACGGAGAGGAGGAAGAAAGCGAAGAGGAGGAAGACGGCGAAGAGGAGGAAGAAGACGGAGAGGAGGAAGAAGACGGAGAGGACGAUGACAACGAGGGGGGGAGCCACGAAGAUGACGCAAGCACGGAAAACACGCAGAGAAAAAAAUUCAACUCACCUGCGGAAAGUGAAGACAACUUCGGCGAUUCGCAACAGGGCGAACGUGAGGUGCUGGAAGCAACACCAUAUGGCCAUACAGAGAAAACGUGCGGCAAAAUAAAAAUACUGAACGAUGCAGAAACGACCAUAAACAGUUUCUCCUCAGAUAUGUAUAAAAAUAUAUUAAGCGACAAUAUGAACGUCCUCAUGGACAAAAUAAAAAAAAUCGAUUACGACUACGUGUCUUACUUUGAAAAAAAAUUAAAAAGUUAA